GCCGGGCAUCAACAGCCAUGAAGCGGGGGCGAGGCUUGGAGGGGGGCAACGGCCGCCUGUUGACCCUUCUGGUGGGUCUGGGACAACUCCUGCAGUCGGCAGAAACCAUGGAGGUAAAGAUGUCAAGACAGAGAACAGCGCAUUUCGGUGAAGAUGUGGUGCUGCAGUGUGAUAUAAUUGAGCAUAGCCCAUCUGAACUGGAUAUUAAAAAAAUGGCAGUGGUCUGGCAUCAAGAGACUUCUGGAGUGAAUGGGAAAAAAGAAUUAUACUUGUUUCUUGGUGGAAAACAUACUUCAAACAGAAAUGGAUCAAGACUGGAUGAAAGUGAAUUAGAAAAAGGCAAUGCUGCUCUUUUCCUUCCACAGAUACAGGCCAAAGAUGAAGGAGCAUACACAUGUUCUGUGACUGUAACUCCAGAUCAUGCUGAAGGAACAACCAUUUUAGAAGUACUUGCUGAACCUGUUGUCAGCCUGACACCCAGCAAAGUGACAGUAGAAAGGGGGACGGAGAAGACUCUCUCUUGUACAGUAGAUAAAUUCUACCCUAGUUCAAUUGUCAUUUACUGGCAAAAGAUUUCCAAGCACACUCAGGAUCAGAGUGUGUCUGCAAAAGACAUUUGCAAUGAAUUGCCUGUGGAAAAUGGAGACAGCACUUUCAGUGUCAGCAGUAAGCUGAGACUUCAGCCGUCUUCACAAGAUGAUGGAAAUAAUUAUAGUUGCAUUGUGGAGCACAGAUCAUUUCCUGUAAAAGCAGUCUUCAGUGCCAUUUUAACAGUGACAGAUCCUCCAGUUGAUUGGAAAGUACAAGCACUCCCUAUAGUUUUGGUAUUUGUAGUUCUUGUGAUUAUUAUACUUUGUGGAAUAGCGUACUAUGCAUAUUUAAGUAAACGACAACCAACGAUUGUGGCUAUGGUUGGAAAUACAGACUUGAAGCAUUUGGAACAAGCGCGGUUGCAGUGCCUGUUUUCUGGCUUUCGACCAAAGCAUUUGGAUUUAGCUUUUUUCCUAAUAAUUCAUCCUCAGAACAAAAAACAGAAAAUAUUCUCUUGGAAUACAAGUGCAUUAGGCAAUGUUGAACAAGGCAAUGAAAAUGUUCCUCUUCUACAGCAACAGGAUAUGUUCAGUUUUUAUCCAACUUUGUUAGCAAAACCAAGACGCACUUUUGAUGCUUCCUGCCAAAUCUACAUACUUCCAGACGUUAGGACAGUGGAGAAUUUUGAACUUUUACUUGAAGUUAAACAUGGAACCCUACAACAUACUGAAACAAAAUCAUUUCGAGUCACUGCGCCACCAUUGCUGGAUCAAAUACAGUGUGCCACGGACAUGCCAAAAUCAGAUGAACCUCUAAGGCUUAGUUGCAGAAUUCAUUCUUAUUUCCCACAGACAAUUAAUGUCCAAUGGUAUAAAAAUGAUCUGCCUCUCCAAACCAAACCUUUUGUAAGCAGCUCCGCAGAAGGUCCAGAUGGUUUCUUCUCAUGCAGCAGCAGUAUAACAUAUUGCCCCGAAGCAUCAGAUAUCGGAACAAGAUUUUUCUGUAAAGCUAACCUCACAGACUCACAGCAGUGCAGAGAGUCAGUUUGGGAGCUGAAAACCCUGGUAUUUGUUCCACAAGUCUCCCAAAUUCAGUGUGAGCCCACUAUGCCAGAGUGUGGAAAGCCCGUCACAUUGUCUUGUACAGUGGAAAAAUUUUUCCCAGAUGAAUGUGACAUUUGUUGGAAAAGAGACUUUGAAGAGCUCUCUUGUGCGAUCAAUAGGACAGAGGAACAGUGGCAUGAUGAUGCAGAGUCAAAUCUGUACUGCAAGAAAAGCCAAAUAUUCUUUACGCCUAGUGCAGAAGACCAUGCGGUAAACUUCACUGCUGAAAUCACCCAUUGCAACACAAGGAAAAGAAAAUCAUACCCACUGAUGUUAAAAGGUUUUCCCAAGGUUACAGACAUUUUUCUUGAACCCAUUGAUGCUGAAUAUGGAAAUAAGUUGUCUGUGAGAUGUGAUGUCGCAGACUUCUGUCCUGGAGACAUUAAUAUUGAUUGGUUUCAUGACAAUCAUUUAGUAAAGAAUGAUAUAAUCACAGAGGACCCAAUGGAAGACUCAAAUGGCUGUUACAAGUUAUCUUCCACAUUUCAGCUGACACCUACAGCAUUUGAUUUCAACAAGGCCAUUAGCUGCAGAGUGAGCCAUGAGAAGCUAAGAAAGCCCAUUGUGAAAGAAGUGUUCCUAAAACUCCCAGCAAAGAGUCCCAUUGUGUCUGAAAUAAAGUUAAAACAAAACAGCAAGAGUAUCUCUCUUGAGAUAUCCAUAUCACAUUUUGCACCUCAAGAUAUACGGGUGAUUUGGUACAAAGAUUGGGAAAAAAUAUCAGAAGAACACAAUCCCAAAGACAUUCGGAUUAUCGAAAAUCUAUGUUACUUUGUAAGCAAAAUAGAGUUGAAUCAAACAGAGGAAGUCUUUAAGAAGACCAUCAGAUGUGAGAUAUCUCAUCCAUCAACACAGUCAUUUAAAGAAAAAAGCAUUGUAUUGGGAAACAGAGAUCCAGGACCAACCAGUGAAAAAAAUAACUGAUCCAACUGGUCUCGUGUGAAAUGAAGUAUGAAGUUUAUGUGGAUGAUGAGAGCUUGGAAGAAACCUAUGUUUUGCAACUCAGUUAAAGCAACAAUAUGAAUAUAUUAAAAGAACUAUGGACAGAAUCCACCGCAGGAUGUUUUCAUAUAUCCCCUGUUGACUUCAAAUCUAGAGUUUAAGGGAGUUGAAAGAACUGGUCCAACUUCCUAAGUACAGAUCUCCAGUGAAGAUGCCACUACAGCAUUUUUGCAGGUGGUUGCCGAAGUUCUACCUAAACCAAGGUUCCCGCUAAGCUGGGUGUGCACGCGAGUCCACUUCCCUCCACACAACUGUCUUCUUUUCCAUGCAGCAAUCACAUUAGUUUCCAGUCGCAACAGACCCCACUGCAUAGGGGGAUGGAGUCAUGCACUUGUGCAUGCUGGGGCGAAGCCACACAUGCAAGAGGGGCUGAAAAUUAGAGGCUAUAUGUUGUUGUUGUUGACAGUCCUUUGUCUCACCACUAUUUUGGACUAUAGCUUCCAUAGUAACUUACUAUGCUGGUCCACCACCUCUUCAGGCAAUCUCCCAUUAAUCAUGUUUCCCAUCUGUCUUCUCUGUUUUUCUGUAACCAGCUCUUUUAGUCACUUCUUAAACAGUUUGGUUUCUAGAAUAAUCAUUAUCCUGGGAACGAUCUAGUUUAUCAAUUUCCUUUUUUAAAUGUGGCAUCUAAAAUAGGGUGCAGUACUCUGGCUCUUCUAGUCACUUCUUAAACAGUUUGGUUUCUAGAAUAAUCAUUAUCCUGGGAACGAUCUAGUUUAUCAAUUUCCUUUUUUAAAUGUGGCAUCUAAAAUAGGGUGCAGUACUCUGGCUCUUCUAGUCACUUCUUAAACAGUUUGGUUUCUAGAAUAAUCAUUAUCCUGGGAACGAUCUAGUUUAUCAAUUUCCUUUUUUAAAUGUGGCAUCUAAAAUAGGGUGCAGUGCUCUGGCUGCAGUGUCAGCAGUGCAGAAUAUUAGUAUUGAUUCUUAUGAUCUAGACCAAGUGGUUCUUAACCUUUUCUUAACCACAGACCCCCUUUAAAUAUCAUAAAAUCCUAAAG